AUGAAGUUCCACCAAGUUGUGCUCCUCGGCGCAGCUACUCUGGCCGUCGCCCAGCCACACAAUCAUGUCCACCGUCACCCUGCCCGACACGGUUCCCCUCUUGACCGUCGCGACGAUGCAGUAACUACAACCACGGUUCCCGGUCCCAUCGUUACUGUGUACCAACUUGAAGGUGUCGAUAUCCCAUGGUCUGAGGUCGAGGAAGGACUUGCCGAUGGAAAGUAUGUCCUGGUUGGCGACGUGAUCUCUACCGUCAUGCCAGCUUCAACCACUUCUAGCUCCUCCACUUCCACUUCCACCAUCAGCAUCAGCUCGUCCUCCGUCGAGCAGGCGCAAUUCAUUGAGCAGAAGUCAAGCACCAGCACUACCCCAACUUCAACCUAUGUUGCACCAACUACCUCUACCACCCCAACUCCCACACCUACUCCCACUACAACCAGCACUACCCCAGAAGCUGCCCCAGCCAGCAGCACGGCCAGCUCCAGCUCAUCUUCCGGCUCUUCAAGCGGUUCUGGAGUCACUGCAACCUUCCCCAGCGGUGAACUGGACUGUUCUGAAUUCCCCUCUGCCUAUGGUGCCGUUGCUGCCGAUUGGCUUGGACUUGGAGGAUGGACCGGUGUUCAAUUGGUACCUGGGUUUGAAGGUCUUGCAGCCGCUGCCAUCAGCUACAUCGAAACUGCAAUCUCGGGCAGUGACAACGCUUGUGUUGCUGAUUCCUUCUGCUCCUAUGCCUGCCCUGCCGGUUACCAAAAGUCACAAUGGCCUUCGGCGCAAGGAAGCACUGGACAAUCCAUUGGCGGUCUUUACUGCAACAGUAAUGGCAAGUUGGAGCUUUCUCGCCCCUCUUACACCACCCUCUGCCAGGAAGGAGCCGGAGGUGUCAAUGUCCAGAACACCCUCUCUACCAACGUCGCUAUCUGCCGUACUGAUUAUCCUGGCACUGAGUCGGAGACCGUCGCUUUGAACGUUGCUGCUGGAGACACCCAACCCAUCUGCAACCCAGAUGCCAGCACUUACUACACGUGGGAGGGCUCUGCCACCUCUGCCCAAUAUUACAUCAACCCUUCAGGUAAUGGCAUCUCAACCGCCUGCAAAUGGGGAACCUCAGGAACAGACCUGGGCAAUUGGGCACCUGUUAACAUGGGAGUCGGAAAGAGCAUCGCUGGUGAAACCUUCAUCUCGCUCUUCCAGAACGCUCCAACAAACCCAAGUGGUACCCUCGACUUCAACAUCAAGAUCACUGGCGGUGUUAGCGGCGACUGUGAAUACAAGAACGGAAAGUAUUAUACUAAUAACGUCGAGACCGGCACGGGAUGCACAGUAUCGGUCACGGGUGAAGCACUCUUCGUCUUUUCUUAG